GACAUUGAAAACUCACAGAAGAUACUACUAAUUCAGCCAGUUGACACUACUAGCAUUUCUUUCUCGAGACAAUUUGCAUCUAUUUGCAAGUUUCACUGGAAAGAAGCAUUUAAUGAUGAAAUGACAGAGAAGCCAGAAUUGCAAAGCCAUGUGUAUUAUGUAAAAGACACCAAUAUGAAGCAAGAUUCAUUUAAUGAAGAAAAUCUAAUGGAAGCUAGCUUUUCUACAAAUAAAGACAGACUUGCUAAUGAGUGUGUUAGACAACUUCCUGAAAGCCGACCUCUAAUCCACUGCUGUGAAGAGACACUGGAUUUCACAGAAAACCCGCCGCUGGUUUACAGUACUGCUAAGGAAUCUGCCCUCAACCCUAGUCAACCUCAAUGCUGCUUCUAUAAGGAAAGUACGGCAGUUUCUUCAAAAGAAAUACAGAAUUCUGGGGAGAUUCCUGAGAUGUUGGUCAGUUACCAAAAUGAAGUUACAGCGGAAGAUGUGGAGAGGCCGGGAAUUGUCUCAGGUUGGUCUCCAUCAGGCAUCUCCUGGAGUAGUGGAACAUCUAGGGAGAACUGCAAGGCACCUGACAUGGAGCAGAGUUUUGAAAGCUUACAACCUCUGGAAGAGUACAUGGCUUUAAAUGAAGUCUUAGGGAAAUUAAAACAUACUAGCAGAAAGCAGCAUGCACAAAUCCAAGACCUCCAGUGCAGUAACCUGAAUUUAGAGAAGAAGGUUAAAGAACUACAAAUGAAGAUUACCAAACAGCAAGUAUUCAUUGACAUCGUAAAUAAGCUAAAGGAGACUGCUGAAGAAUUAACUGAAGACAAACACAGAGUAAUCCUUGAGAAGAAUGAUAUUGAAAAGACAUUGCAGAAUUUGCAAGAGAUUUUAGCUAACACCCAAAAACAUCUUCAGGAAUCUAGAAAUGAGAAGCAAGCCUUACAGCUUGAAUUUAAGAAGACAAAGGCCAAGUAUAUGCAUUUACAGGAAAGGUUCAUGACUGAAAUGCAACAAAAAAAUAAAUCUGUGAGUGAGUGCUUAGAGAUGGGCAAAACCUUAAGCAAGAAAGAAGAAGAGAUAGAGAGGCUGCACCGACUCAAAAGAAAAUUGGAAAGGGCCACAGCUUCUGCUUUGGACAUGUUGAAAAGAGAAAAAGAGACCCGAGAACAAGAGUUCUUGUUUUUACAGGAGGAAUUCCAGAAACGUGAAAAGGAAAGCCUGGAAGAAAGAAAGAAACUGAAAUCUAGACAUGAGAAAUUGCUCUCUGCAGUUAAAUAUUUGCAAUUUGUAUCUGAAAAUGAAAAGGCUAAGAAUGCAAAACUUCGGCAGCACAUCAUUGAAGUAGAAAAUGAAAAUGCAAAACUUAAGCAGCAGGUUGCAAGAAGUGAGGAGCAAAGUCGUGUCCCUAAAUUUGAGGGAGCUCAGUUAAAGGAGCAAUUAGAGGAAGUAAUGGAAUCACAUAUUGCCAAGGUAUUGAUGCAGAUUACAAAUCUAUAA